AUGUCUUACAAUGUUGAUAGGAGCAACAUCGACCCCUUCUAUCGCUAUAAAAUGCCGAAACUCUUAGCCAAGGUGGAGGGAAAAGGAAAUGGCAUUAAGACUGUUAUUGUGAACAUGGUUGAUGUGGCCAAAGCUCUUUCCAGGCCAGCUACUUAUCCUUGCAAGUUUUUUGGCUGUGAGCUUGGUGCACAAACUCAAUUUGAUUUAAAGAAUGAUCGCUAUAUUGUCAAUGGCUCUCAUGAUGCUGAAAAGCUUCAAAAUCUUUUAGAUGUUUUUAUCAAAAAAUUUGUUUUGUGUCCUGAAUGUUCCAAUCCAGAAACAAAACUUGCUGUUCAGGCCAAGAAACAGACUAUUUCCCAGCGCUGUAUAGCUUGUGGGUACUCGGGUCAAAUUGACAUGAGGCAUAAAUUAACCACAUUCAUUCUGAAGAAUCCAUCAGACCAGGUGAGCAAGUUUAACUCAUCAACCACAACCCCUAAAAAGCAAACUAAAAAGGGUGGUAAAAAGAAGGGUGAUAAAGAUGAUGAUAGAGCUAGUCCUGAGGCUAAUGCUCAACAACAAAUGGCUGCUCAGAGAGCUUCAGGAGGGGUUAUAGAUGCUCCACCAGAGUUUCAAGAGGAAGAUGAUGAUGGUGAUUGGGGUGAAGAUAUUACUGAAGAAGCUAUUAAACAGAGAAUGGAAGAAUUAACUGAUGCUGCUAAAGGCUUGGCUUUAACUGAUGAUUUAGAGAAAACACCUGAAGAAAGAAUAGAUAUUUUCUACAAGUUCCUUCAGUUGAAGCGAGAUGAUAAGAAAGUUAAUCAAGUACAAGAAAUUACGGCUGAAGCUGAAAGACUGGAAGUUAAAGAUAAAGCUACCUUAGUAUUAGUAGAAUUACUAUUUGAUACUAAUAUUUUACAACAGAUUAAAAACCACAGAAAACUUCUGCUUAGUUUUUGCUAUGAAAAUCCUAAAGCUCAGAAAUAUCUCUUGGGUGGUAUUGAACAGUUGGUAGGAGAGGUACAUAAAGACAUCUUGUUACCUAAAGUACCCCAUAUACUCAAGUUACUGUAUGACACUGAUAUUGUGGAAGAGAAGGUCAUGCUAGAGUGGGGUGAGAAGGUAUCUAAGAAGUAUGUGUCUAAACCUGUAGCUCAAGAGAUACAUGAUAAAGCUGAACCGUUUAUCAAGUGGUUGAGGGAAGCUGAAGAAGAAAGUGAAGAUGAAAGUGAAGAUGAAAAUAUUGAGGUGAGAUUCUGA